AUGAUAUCAUUUGCUAUGUAUUGGGUUUUAUUUACUUUAUUACUGUUACAAAUUCAACCAUUAGAUGCAGCACCUGGUGAUGACAAUCCACCGCCAACAGAAACAACUUCAAGUGCCAUCAUUGAACAAAUAACAGAAGAAAACUACAACUCAUAUAUAGAGUCUAGUCGGUUAUUGCUUACCAGGGUAGGCGAGAGCACAUACAUACCAAAUCCGAAUGUGGAUCCAGUAUAUGAUCCAUGUUGGCGAGAAUUUGAAGAUUGGUUUGCUGUACAUUAUCCGGGUUUUCAAGCCCAGGCAAAUUCAGAUUGUCGACCACUUCGAGGAGGAUUUGGCAGUCAUUGUAUUUGUGUACUGUUUCGCAUCGACCCUCAGGAUCCACCUUGUAAAAAAUGGUUACAAUAUGAAUAUGAAGCUUCUAUCAGCAUUCCAGAACAUUUUUACCUUCAAGCUGCAAGUGGAGGGAAAUGA